AUGGUAGGGGUUUUAUUAGAGAGGCAUCCAAACGCUAAAUUAUCGCGAUUGUUGGAAACGUUGGCCUUCGAAUUCGUCCAAGCUCAAACGCGUGACUUUCUCGAACCGAAACCCCACUCCAUCCCCUUAGUCCUCGCGUUCUUCCUCUUCCUCACAUGGAUCCCCCUUCGAGUGCAGCACGUCGCCCACAAACUCCUCCACUCCUCCGCCUCCGACCUUCGCGACGCCGCCGCCAGCCUUGUCCGCUUCCUCCCCUCACGCGCCGCCAAGGACAACCACGACUGGCUCUUCGACCCCAUGACGCUGGCCCUUGCUUCCGGCCUCAAAGGUACAAAUCAAACAAAUCACGUGCGCCUCGCUUCAUAUGUGAGAAAUUCGAGCCAAGAAAUUGAGAGGGAAUCACAGACACCACGAUUGUAACGAGACUUUCCUCGUUUGGGACGAUGCC